AGCCCGGGUGAUUCAGUUGGUUUCAGCGGUUUAGUCGAAAUCAAACUGGACGUUUGAUAUAACCCCUUGGAAUCUGUUUGAUCCGUUUGCAAUUUGCGUCUCUCAUUGGUGUACAGUAAAUUCGUGAACGUGUGUUUACCACGCGUGACAGUUAGUCGAGAUGAGAUUUCAUGCUACCGUAGUUAUCAUUGUGAUUUCAGUUGGCAAUUUCAUUACAUCAGACGCUUGUAACUGUAUCCAUUGUGAGGAUUCAGUCAGGUUGAUUGGCAUUGAGGAGAACGAAGACGUUCAGUCAGCCGAGAAUGGACUUGAUAAGGAGGAUCUUGAUGGUGAUGGGAGUAGAACAAUAUGCGCUAGGGAUAGGGAUCACGAGGAUAUGACAUUUCCAAGUAUUUGUCACAUGAAGUGCUACAAUGGAUGUAGUGAACUACAUGUGAGAAAACGAAUGGAAUUGGGACAUGAAAUUAAUCAAUAUUCACUUUCCAGGACUAAUUAUUAUAAAUUACACGAUGGACCAUGUCCCAAGAGAAUGAAGAAAAUUUACUCGUAACAGAGAACAACAUAUUUUAUUCAACUUAAUGAUGAUUAAUAAAUGUCCUUGAGUAUCUGGAA